GCCCUUUCCAGCCUCGCAGCUGCUUCGGCGCGGAGCCCUCCAGCAGCGCCAGGCGAGGGGCGGCCGAUCGCGGCGUCCUCAGCAGCAGCAGUAGCAGCAGCCGGGAAGGUAGCACCGGCUCCGGCGGGAGGGAAGGAGGACGCAGGACGCACCAUGCAGCUGUGCCGGGGCCGCGCGUUGGGCAUCUCGGUGGCGGUGGCGCACGGGGUGUUCUCCGGCUCGCUCAACAUCCUGCUGAAGUUUCUCAUCACCCGCUACCACUUCGCCUUCCUGACGCUGCUGCAGUGCCUGACCAGCUCCACGGCGGCGCUCAGCCUGGAGGUGCUGCGGCGACGGGGCGCCCUGGACAUGCCGCCCUUCGGCUUCAGCCUGGCGCGCCUCUUCGCCGGGGUCACGCUGCUCUCCACGCUCCAGUCCAGCCUCACCCUCUGGUCCCUGCGCGGCCUCAGCCUGCCCAUGUACGUGGUCUUCAAGCGCUGCCUGCCCCUCGUCACCCUCCUCAUCGGCGUCCUGGUGCUCAAGAACGGCAUCCCCUCCGUCGGGGUCUUGGUGGCCGUCCUCAUCACCACCUGCGGGGCGGCUCUGGCAGGUGCGGGUGACCUGACUGGUGAUCCUAUUGGGUAUCUGACUGGAGUGCUGGCUGUGCUGGUGCACGCAGCCUAUUUGGUACUCAUUCAAAAGACGAGUGCAGAUAGUGACUAUGGGCCCCUUACGGCCCAGUAUGCCAUUGCUGUUUCUGCCACACCUUUUCUCAUCAUCCUCUCCUUUGCCAGCAUGGAUGCCAUCAAUGUCUGGUCCUUCCCAGGAUGGAAAGAUCCUGCCAUGACCUGCACCUUUAUUGUGUGUGUCGUGAUUGGCUGUGCCAUGAAUUUUACCACUCUCCACUGCACCUACAUCAACUCAGCUGUAACCACCAGUUUCGUUGGGGUCGUGAAGAGCAUCGCAACCAUCACGGUCGGGAUGGUGGCUUUUAGCGACGUGGAGCCUACAAAGCUGUUUAUAGCUGGUGUGGUGGUAAAUACCAUAGGCUCCAUCAUUUAUUGUGUGGCCAAGUACAUGGAAACGAGAAAGCAGAGUCAUUACGAAGACUUGGAGAAGGAAAUGAGGGAAGAGGAGAAGAAAGAAUGUGAUGGAGAGCAGCCACCUUUUGUAAUGGAGGAGAUCUCCAAGGACACAGAGCAUGGGGAGACACCAGUGGAGGAGUCAGCAAAUGGAAGCGACCAGCAAAGCACAGAGGAGAAGGACAGCAUAGUGGGACAAGGAAAUGCGCCCAUUGUCACUGAUGGUGGCAACUCUGAAGCAGUCACCAACAGCUCAUUAAAGGAUGCCUACCUUGGAGUAUGGAGGUUGGUUAGGGGGGCUAAUUAUAUGAAGAAAGAUUACCUAGUAGAGAAUGAGGAGCUACCAAGUCCUUGAAGAAUAAUUUAUUAGCAAAUAAUCAAGGGUAUGUGCAUUGUUUUCCUUGUGGUGGGAGUACAGAAGGACAGAUGCUUUCAUAUGUUCACAGACAAAUCUUAAUUGUUUAUUAGCAAGAUUUUACCUCAUUCUGAAGGAACAAAGGCACCAUGGUCAUGCUUCGAUUCAGUGAAAUCCCAUUUUUUGUGGACUUUCACUGAAAUCAAAAUCUCUGAGAUCAAAACCAGGCCUGGACCACCAAGCAGGUGCCCCCACCACACACCACAGCUUGCUUUUAUAUUCACAUAAGUCAACUUGAUUGAAUUAAUAGUGUGUCCCUCUGUAAGUACUCCCUGAAGUACUAAUGGAAUUACUCUCAGCAGUUAAAAGCAUGAGACCCCAAAGCAAAAGCUAAAAAGAUUUGUCCAAAAGGUAAUUCAAAAGGAAGUAUCACUGGAUUCUCUGUGGUUUGAAAGCUAAAUGAAUGGGAAGUGCAAAAACCGUGAGUCAUCUCACGGAUCCCACUUGCCAUCUUCCAGAUAUACUGCAAGUCCCACCCCUAUGUGGACAGCCCUUGCAGUGAAUGAAUGGAAGUAAGAUAAGAAGAUCUUCCUGAUAAUUGGGCACCAUCCCACUUUCUCUCUGCCUAUUCUGCCUUUGCUGACAAGAUGAGAGAGGUGUGGGAGGUGGAUUGAGGCUUCUGUAUCCCAGCUGGCCUCAACUUUCUCAACUAGUCUAUUUUUAGUUAACAUUCAUGGUAACAGGCAAACUCAGUGUGUUCAAAAAUACUUUGUGCACUGGAAAGUUCGGAAGUUGUGUGUUAUUUUAAAAUGUAUUUCCAGUGCAGGAUUGUUGAAAGAAUAAACCACUCUGAGGGUUUCCCCCCCUCCUUACGAUCUACAGGUAUAUAAAUUUUAUGAAAUAAAUGAAUAAACGUAAGCCAUCUGUCCCCAAACUGGUGCCCUUCAGAUGUAGUUGGACUCUAAUUCCCAUCAAUUCCCAUUAGCAUGGCCAAUGAUCAGGGAUGAUGGGAAAUGUAGACCAAAAUAUAUGGAGGACACCAGGUUGAGGGAAUGUGGACAUAAAAAGUCCACCUAGUACAUCAUCCAACCAGAUGCAUUCAGGAAGUGUACAAGAAGGUCUUGAAGGGAACAGCCUCUUCCACAGUUGCUGUCAGGUGAUAUUCAACAGCACACUGUUGCUGAAAAUUGAGGCUGUUGUACAGCCAUUGGCAAAACAAUCCUCCAUUAAUCUGCUGAAUUCCCCUUUCAAAGCCCUCUGUGCUAGCAGCCAUCAACAAACGUUGUGAUAGUGAAUGUUAUACAUUAAUGGUCUGUGGUAUGAAAAAGUACUUUCUUUUGUCUUAUAACAGAAGCAUUAUAAGGUGACUUGGGGCUGCAUUCAAAAGGAAAGUUUGUAGAAAGGAGUUGAUGAGGUCAGGUGUGAGGGGCAGGGAUGGGGUGGGGUGAGGCAGUGGCAGUGAGACCACCACCACCAACCCAGAGCUUCCCUCAACCUUCCCCAAGCAGCAAGUUAUAAAUCGAGGCAAUCGUCUCACAUGUCCAAGUCCCAGCAGCCUUAAGCUGGAUUGAGUUCCUCUUAUCUACCUGAAUGCUACUCAAGAGCUGAAUGGGUAACAAGAACAUAUUGAUAUGGUCUGGGUCCUCUUAACAUAUGUAUCUACUAGAAAUUAUUUACACACACACACACACACACACACACACACACACACACACACACUUGCCUCAACACAUCAGCCUUGUUUGCACUAAACAAAAUGUGUUUCUAACUCAUAGCAGGGUCGGGGUUGCAUGUGUAAGCCUUGAGUUCAUGGACAGUGGCUGCAGCAAACUGAAGUAUCUGGAAGCACAUUUUACUGCUUCAGGCAUUGGCCUGUUUUGCACAACAUGGUAAGCCAAACUAUGGCUUAUUGGGGCUGUGUGAACAUGUAGGCUCCUGCAAAAGAGCUCACAAGUGCACUUUGCUCCUCAAUUAUUAUUAUUUCUUUACUCCUGCACUAAGCUAAGCCAAGGUUUAUCAUCAUCAUCAUCAUCUAUUAUUUAUUAUUUAUACCCUGCCCACCUGUCUGGGUUUCCCCAGCCACUCUGGGCAGCUUCCAACAGAAUAUUAAAAACACGAUAAAACAUCAAACAUUAAAAACUUCCCUAAACGGGGUUGCUUCAUAGUUAAGCUCUAAUCACAUUCUGUAGCAUGAAUGAACCUUGGCUGCAGCUCAUAGUUAGUGAGAGAGCUUAACCACAACCCUGUGUUUGGACAACACACUAAGCCAAACUUUGGUUUACUCUAAUUCAGCAUGGGGUGGGGGUAAAAAAGACUAAGGAGGAACAAAGUGGCUGCAAGCUCUUCUCUGAGCCCCCACAUAUUGACAUGGUCCCAGUAAACUAUAGUUUGGCUUAACUAUGCAAAUCAGCCAAUAUCUGAAGCAGUAAACUGUGCUUCCAUAUCCUGAAGUUUGUUACAAACAAUGUCUGUGAACCCAAAGCUUGCCCACGCAAUGCCACUCCUGCUAUAAACUAGGAGCAUGCCACAAAUCGUAGAUGAGUCACACAAAAGGCAAGCACAUGUAUGCUCUUUUUAUUUCAAAGAUGAUAGGCCUGACCUCUACAUGAAAGCCUCUUCCACUCCUGCUGCUGUGUUCCCCAUGUCCCACUCCCAAUUUCAUUUGCAGACUACUUCUCAUGAUUUGGGUAUUGUGAAGAAGGGAAGAAGGAGAAAGCAAGGUGCUGAAGUAGGGAAAUUGGCCUUCCAUCCAACAUUCCCCAAUGAAACCCCUUUUCCUUGAGAUGCUACUGAGAACAAUCAAAUGGACAAAGACAGAGACUAUAGGCAAAAUUUACCAGUUAACCAUGCUUUUUCACUGCAGGCACAAUUUUCAGUCCUAUAUAGGCAGAAUUCAGUGCAACUCCCACCCUGCCCAUUUCUUUCACUGGACUUUUAUGCUCACUAAAGCCUUGUUGAAGCAAGUGGAGGUUAGGUUAUAUCUGUGCUUGGUGGGCUUUAGCCCAUAAUUGUUAAAUGGCUUCAGACUGGACCACACUGUGGCUGCAUUUAAAAUUUGACUGACAUCAAUAGAGUACUUGGCUGUGAUUUAAAUGAUCCAAACUGAUCACAUACUUUGUGUGCAGAAGGUCCCAGUUUCAAUUCUGGGCAUCCUCCCAUUGAAAGAUCUCAGAUUGCAGGAUUGAGGAAUACUCAACAGAGACUUUGGAGAGCUGACAGCAGUCAGAGUAACAAGUGGCUUUCAAAUCCUGAUCCAGAGAACCUUGUAGUUCCUCUCCUUAGGUGUCCCAGGUAUCCUGCAAUGAGAAGAUCAGUGCAGUGGUACCUCGGGUUACAUACACUUCAGGUUACAGACUCUGCUAACCCAGAAAUAGUACCUCGGGUUAAGAACUUUGCUUCAGGAUGAGAACAGAAAUCUCGCAGCAGCGGCAGCGAGAGGCCCCAUUAGCUAAAGUGGUGCUUCAGGUUAAGAACAGUUUCAGGUUAAGAACGGACCUCCGGAACAAAUUAAGUUCUUAACCCGAGGUACCACUGUAAUGGUGGUCUAAUUUCACUGAAAGUUAGAUUGCCCACCAAUCUUCCAUAACCAGCCAUGUCCAAACACAAGAGAGCAUUGACUGUGCUGGUGAAAUGACAAUGAAGCCCAGAAGACCUAACCAGUGCACAUGAACCCAGUAUUUUCUCCAAGACAAUCCCCCAGAAUUCCCUUCAACAUACAAGGGUUCCAUGGGAAAGAAGCUCCCCAGAUAACAAGGAUUCUUGGAAAUGAGGAAGUAUGAAUCACUGGUGUCGCUUGUGCGCGCACACACACAUAUGAAUUAAUGGCCUGAUUUGACAUACUUUAGUUUCAUAUAUUCAUAUGUUUUCCUUCUAGCAAAUUCAUUGCUUUAUCAUUCAUUUAAACAUGUAGUUAUUUAAUAACAUUUUCUACCCUUGAAUAUUAAAAUAGGUUCAUUCUAUUAUAUGCAGGCAGGUGUGGUUCAGUAAAUUAGAAGGCUUAACUACUUUGUAAAUUAGUUGGCCAAGGCACAGAAUAGUGAUUCCAGAUCCCUUUUUAAAUAUGUUCAACAAGCCAUGGAGAAUAACUUGAUUUUUGACCACACAACUCUUUUGGUACCUGGAGGCUAUGAAGUGCUAACUUACCACCAAAUAUGGUGCCUUUUCCACAUGCUUUGUGGGAAAGUCCUGGUUUGCUGCUUUUAAAAGUGCUAGUAGAAAUAUCUGAAAAUACCAACAGUAUUGGACACUUUUAAAGUGUGCUGGUGAAACUUGUACAGUGUAAAAAAGAGAGACAGAGGAGAAUGCGUGGUUAUGCUCUAUCUCUGUUCAUAGCUUAACAUGGGUGUUUAAGAAUUCCCAGCUUUUAAAAAAUGGGGAUUUGGUAAAUGCAGCCCAGAGGAGGUUUUUUUGUCAAUGAAAGAGACUGUUGUAAUGUAAAAUGAUAUAACUAUUGCCUCGUGCUGAGGCAUUUUAAUUGCAUAAAUAGAAGACUUCAAUUAAUCUGGAGAAUGAGACAUGGUAAUAAAAUGCAUUGCUUUA